AUGGGCCAAACGAACGACGAAACGACCCUCCUCCUUCAUUCCAAGCCAACUCCUCCCCCUCCGAAAUUCCCGCUGAAUUUGGCGCCAGUUGCUUUGCGACCCUACCUUGAGCUUAUCAGACUCGAGAAGCCCACAGGAACGAUUCUUAUGUUCUGGCCGUUCGCAUGGGGUCUUACAAUGGCCGCCUACCGUACCGGCCUUCCGAUCAAUUCCUAUGGGUUCGAACUCUUCAAGUGUUUCGUUGGGGCCUUUAUUUUACGAAGCUCUGCGUGUACGAUAAAUGAUAUUUUCGACCGCAAGAUGGAUGCCGGCGUUGAGCGAACGCGAAACCGACCCCUUGCAAGUGGACGUAUCUCGGUUUUUGCAGCCUCUGUAUAUUUACUGCUACAAUAUGCGAUAGGCGUAGCGUUCUUCUAUUCCACUGUACAGGGUCUUGCCCUUUGGGUUGCUCUCUUCCAACUUCUUCCGCUGUUCGCCAUUUACCCCCUCCUUAAACGAUGCACGCACUGGCCCCAAGCGUGGCUAGGAUUCGCUAUGAACUUUGGUUUUAUUACUGCCUGGGUCGCGACGACAGGUAGUGCCGACGCCAGCGUCCUGGGGUCUGGAAUCGCUGGCUGUUGGGGGUGGACCAUGCUCUACGACACCAUCUACGCUUGCCAGGACAUCAAAGAUGAUGUGAAAAUGGGAGUGCGCUCCACCGCCAUACUUUUCGGCACCUGGAUUCGCCCGCUCCUCGUUUGCUGUGGACUGAUCUUUCUCUCGAUGUUCGCCCUGGCGGGCUACUUCAAUCAUCAGGGCUAUGGCUACUUUAUUAUUUCCGUUGGAGGCCUUGCGGCCCACUUGCUGUGGCAAUACCGCACCGUCGACCUAGAGGUGCCUGCCAGUUGUUGGCACAACUUUAACUGCAAUGGACAACUCGGUUGGAUAAUUUGGGGCGGUCUGAUGGUUGAUUAUCUGCUUGCCUUGUACCCACUUUAA